CAUGCAGCCUGCUACGAGGUCUCUGACAUACAGUCAGGCAGGAGCAGAGUAAAACCUCUGGAGCAUGAGAGUAUAGAUCACCGUGCACCCCCAGGCCUGCUGCAGGAACAAACAGUAGAACAAGAGACAGGAAGAAGCGCUCGACUGUUCACAGAAUUGAGGAGAGGCGUGUGACUCUUCACUCAAAGGGGAUAAACAUUCGAACUGAGAAGGACAACUGAAAAUACAGUCAUCUUCACUUGAAUGAGGAUUAUAGGACGUGCAGGAGAGCUUUCACAUACGGAAAAUUGCUUCUAACUUUGGAUACCGAUACAGGUAUUUUGUGGAGUUGCCGUCUACUUUUUUAACAUAAAACCACACAAACUGAGCAUUCUUCCGUAUUUCAGAGGGCUGUGUUUCCUGUCAAAUAAUAUGUACCUUUUCCCUGCCUGUUGCACAUGGUUGGAGAAACAAAUGGAUUUUUAUGACUGACACGUACAUGAUUGAGAAAAACUAAGUAUUCCAAAUUUACCAGCUUGAUUUAAAGAUGUAUAAUAGCACCUUACAAAGCACCCUGGCUGUUUCCAUGAACUGCAACAAGAGCGAUGAUUUCAAGUACCCUCUCUACAGCUCGGUUUUCAGCCUGGUAUUUGUUUUCGGACUUUUAUUCAACAUGGUGGCCAUGUACAUUUUUGGCUGCACACUGAAGCUGCGAAACGAGACCACCACGUACAUGAUAAACCUUGUGGUUUCAGACUCUCUCUUUGUUCUCAGCCUGCCUUUUCGGAUUGUUUACUUCAUUAAACGUGAAUGGCUGUUUGGAAGUGUGCUCUGCAAGAUCUCUGUGGCCCUGUUCUACACCAACAUGUACGGCAGCAUCCUCUUCCUCACCUGCAUCAGCAUUGACCGUUUUCUGGCCAUUGUGCACCCGUUUCGGUCCCAGGCCAUUCGUACUAAGAGGAAUGCCAAACUGGCCUGCUGCACAGUGUGGGUGAUGGUUCUUUCUGGAAGUAUACCCACGGGGUUCCUACUGGACACCACUUCACCCAAAAAUGUCAACUCCUCCACAUACUACUGCUUUGAAAACUACUCUAGAAAACAGUGGAAGUCUGAGCUGUCCAAGGUGGUGGUGUUUAUUGAGACUGUGGGCUUUAUUAUCCCAUUGCUGCUAAAUGUCUUCUGCUCCGUCAUGGUGCUAUGGACGCUGAAGAAACCCCAAACCCUCACCCGUGGAGGCAACCUCAACAAGGCUAAAAUCUUGAGGAUGAUCAUUGUGCAUCUGCUCAUCUUCUGCUUCUGUUUCAUCCCCUACAAUGUCAAUCUCAUCUUCUACGCUCUGGUUCGCUCCAAUGUCCUACAGGGAUGCGAUGCCGAAUAUGUGGUGAGAACCAUCUACCCCAUUGCUCUGUGCAUAGCAGUGACCAACUGCUGCUUUGAUCCGGUCAUUUACUACUUCACUUCAGAGACCAUUCAGAGCUCCAUUAAACGCAAGUCCACAGUAUGGCACAAAGGCACCAAACUUUUCGACAGACUACAUGGGGAUAGCACACAAAGCAGUCCAAGUGCAGUACACAAAAGCCUGGCCCUGAGGACUUUGAGAUCCAAAAUCCUGGACAAUGAGUCCACAGUCUAAUGACACCUUUGUUAUGUGACAUGAUUAACAGUUCAGUGGGUAUUGCUGGUGAAACUUCAAUCCGAGGACGUAGGUGGAAGCAGAGUGGCCUAGAAGAUCAUAACAACAAACAAACACAAUGGUUUCUAAGGAGUCGCUUUCCUAUAUACUGGACACCACAGAGACAUUUGACUGGGACUUAAGACACUGAUCUCUUCAGUCAGUAAAGGAGUGGAUCACAUCAAAAGAAGAAAGACUUGAAAUAAUAAAGCAUGUUGCAGCAUGAAUACCCUAUGUCAGGGUAAGAAAAACUCUUCGUCCUAUCAUGGAAUGAGUUUGAGUUUAAAAUGCACAUAAAUUGUCAUUCUGAGUAAAUUCUCCUUGAGGAAACUUCUGCUUUAGCACAGCUGAACCAGUAUUACAGCUCUUCUUUAUGUCCUUUAUCAUUUGUAAGUAUUUGUGGCCUUUCUAAGGCAUUUAAGCACUUUAUAGAGCACCAUGUUCUAUAACAGCUUUGCCCCUUAAUCCGAAAGCGAAUAAAAGAAUUAUUAACUUAAAACAGUUUGUUUAAUGGAGUUUGAAAAAUAACUACUUGUUUGAAAGAGUGGGGUGAGUUGAGUGAAAUGUUUGUAGGGUAUCAUUUGUUUAUAUGUCACUCAUUUUGGGUGCCACCAAAUCAUUUGUGUAGACUGAUUAGUCAUACAGGUACUAACGACACACACCAGUAACUGUGGCUGCCCUCUGCCACGAAUGCACAAUGUCACAAUCAAUGAAAUGCAGAUUACAGGUAUGGUCAAUAAUUGACCACUGCAUAGCACUGGCCAACACUGCACUAACACUACCUUAUAGCCUUAUCUUAAAUGGUCACAAUGGGGGAAAGUCUCUGCCAAACAAAUAAAUGUAAAUAUAAUUGAGACAAAUCAAGAAGCCGGCAUAUACACUACAGUAUGUCUGUAUAUGAAACU